AUGUGGCUGGCAAGUACGUGUGCAAUAGUGGCCAGUACCGUCAAUGCGAGCAAUAUGAUGGAAACCGCCGAUGAAGUCGUCUACUGUAACUCGCCCCCGGUUACGACAGUCGCGGCCUCCCCGGACACACCGUCGUCGAUGCCGUCGGCGGCGAUCGGUCACGAUUCGUCGUCCGCCAGCAGCGAACGGUCCUCACCGUCGCUAGAAUCGGUAGCAUCCUCACCGUCCCCGUCCUCCCCGGCACCAUUCUAUCCCGCUCAACCUGCAUCGCCUGCUCCGGUGUCAAUCGAAUCGUCAUCACCUGCCCCCUCGUCACCGGCUCCGUCGUCUCCGGCCCCAUCGUUUCCCGCGGCACCACUGUCCCCCGCACCGAUGUACCCCGCGUCGGGAACAUCACCCGCCCCGUCAUCUCCAAUGCCGUCGUCUCCGGCACCGUCUUCCCCUGCGCCAUCGUCUCCCGCACCGUCAUCCCCGACACCGUUGCCAAUGGAGUACGAACCGGCGGUAAUGAUACAGACCGAUGAGGAUGAGUACGACGAAGAGGAUGGCAACGAUGAUGACAACGAUGGUGAUAACGACGAUGACGACGACGACGACGACGACGAUUAUAACAGCAUCAACGAUAUCAACAUUGCAUCCGAUGGCGCGGAAGUAACGGACCAGGGCGAAGAUGAAGACGACAGUCCGCCGGGCGAACGAAGGCGGGACUGCUUCGCGGACUCCCUGAUCGCGCUUAAGGAGGUGAAGCAGUUGCAAUCGAUCCUGCUGCUGCAUCUCGAUCUCAUCCAGGAGCAGGGCGAUCAGAUACUGAACAAGGAUAAAAUGAUCGUGAAGCUACGGGACGAGAACGAAGUGUUGAAACAUCAGCUCGAUCUUUCCAAUAAGCGGCUCGCGUUAAUGCUGCUCCAGCUGCAGCAGAACGGGGUACAAUUUCCAUUAGACCUGCAGCAGCAGCAACAGCAACAGCAACAAUUAUUGCUAAUGCAGCAACAACAACAGCAGCAGCAGCAGCAGCAGCAGCUACCACAACAACAGCACCCAAAACCGGAAGGCACCGUAUCGCCACUGACCAUUCGCAGUCAGAUGGAGAACGGACGCCGGCGGGGAGUGGUGUUGAAAUCGUCCUCCUCCUCCUCCUCACCACCCUCCGUGUCGUCGAGUUUCGUUGAAGGAGUUUACGGGCAGUGCUUGCCAAUUCGGAACUCGGAAGUAAGCAGCACCGUGUCGCCGGCGAAGGAGGAGCUUGGGGACGACCUGGUGCUACUCCAGCAACAUCCGUACUACCAGCCGCCCACCUUGGAGGACGACGAGGCGGCAUUCAUCGCAGAGAAUAACGAAGUCGAUGGGGAAAUUUGUCUCAACUAUUCCAAAUCGGAUGACGAUGAAUCUCCCUCGCCGGCGUCGAGCUAUGGCGAGGAAGAGGACGAUGACGAAGGGUUGGAGGAGGAGGAAGCAGACGGGGAGGGAAAUUACUUCGACAGCGUACCGGAUCACGAGCCACACGGGGAUGACGAAGAUGACGAUGUGGAACUGCAGGACCCAGAUGCCGUGCACGAGAUACAUGAUGAACAUGGGCAACCCUUGGUGCAGUACGAUGGGGAACUACCGGAUGACGAGGUGAUGCAGGGAGGGUACGAAUCUAGCGGAAGCGCCGAGGACGACUAUCCGAUGCAGUACGUCAGCGUGGAACAGUCAAACUACGAGGACGCACCGAUGAUGAUGAUGAUGAUGAUGGACAACGACGAUGAUGACGAUGAUGAUGACGGCGACGAUGCGGCCGAAGUAGGGAUGAUCGAUUCCAACUCGCAAGGGUCACAGGAGUCGCAGCAUUCGCAGGAAUCGUUGAUGCAGCAGGUCGGCUCGGUUCCGGCGGUGCACGAUAUGGCGGUCAAUGUGCAGUUCGUCGAGAGUACGGUUGGCAGCGAGGGAGAGCAACCUCUGGAAGGGGAGGAGGAAGAAGAAGAAGAAGACGAAGAAGAGGAUGAAGUGGAGGAACAAGAGGAACAGGAUGAGGAGGAGGAGGAAGUGGAAGAGCAAGAGGAGUACGAUGGGGGAGAGACCGAGUUUACCGAACAACAGCAGGACGAAAGCGUGGCAACGGCAGCGGCGCCGGCAAUGGUGGUUGGCGAUCAAGAUACGAUGGAAACGACGUACGACAACAACAACGAAACGAACGAAGGUGAAGUAGGCACUGAGAGUGAACCAGAAGUGAAAGAUGAACCAGUCAUUAAGGAGGAGGACGAACAGGAGCAGCAACAGCAGGAGCAUCAGCAUCAACUUCAGCAGCUCCAGCACGCGUUCAACCCGGCGGUUCACUGUCCAUCCGGUAACUCUUCGGACGGAAGCGUGGCAAAGCGGGGUUGCAAACCAAACGCGGCGUACAUGGUUACGCACAAGCAGUACAUCAGCUGCUCCUGGAAGGAUGACGCCGUGACGGCCGAACUGGAGCGGUUGCUCUCGAACGAGGCGGCCGAGCUGGAGAUUCCCUCCUGGAACGUGAUCGACGAUUCGUCGCAGUCGGCCGACGACCAGCUGGCGCCAGCGCGGGAAAACAUCACCGACGAGGCGUACAUGAAGCGGCACACGAAGCUCGAGAUCGACGAGCGAAGGCGCAAGAAGUGGGAUGUGCAGAGGAUACGGGAGCAGAAAAACAUCGAGCGGUUGAAGAAGCGUCAGCUGAAGGAACAACCGGCCGAACAGGAGGCCCAGAAGACGAUCACCAGCUUCUAUCCGACGGUCGACACGCUCAAGUACAUCGUCAUUACCGACGACGUGCCGGUGCAGGCAUUCGGCGAGCUGAUACCGUUGCUUCCCGCACCCGCCACCUUCAGCCUACCGUGGCUGCAGCCCAAAUCAUCGAACGGUGGCCUGUUGGCGCCGCCACCCGGGUCGUCGUUGCCGUCGUUUGGCCAUCCCGCGCAAUUCCCGGGCAGCAACGUCGUGGAUCGGGUAGCCGGUUCCUCCGAAAAGCUCCAGAACGAAACGAAAACCAAAUUCCUGCACCGGCUGGCGCCAAAUCUGCAGGCGCAGAAGCAACGGUUUACCAAGCGGAUCAAAAAGGAACUGUAAGCCACCAUUUGUACCCGAAAGGGAGCUUCCCCAAAAGCUCCGCCCCUCUGUGUCCUCUUCGCACCUUUUCCAAUGGGGCGGAAGAAGGUGUGAUUUAUCUGUUAUCAAUGUGUGUAAAGUUAAUUUUAACCUGAUUAUUAGUUAGUAGGUUUAUUUUUUAAUUCUCAUGAUUAUGACAGCGCAUCACUGAUCCACCCAACUCCCAACGCUUGCAGUCAGUAGGGGUUUUUUUUAAUGUGUUGCACCCUCUCAACGAUAGUUGGAAGCGCUGGUGGUAGGUGGCAAGUACUUCCUCCCCCCGUUUCCACGUCGUGCCUGUUAUUUAAUGUACUUCGUUUUGUCUAUUCAACGUAUACUCACGUUGUAUGUGUGUAUUUGUUCUUGUCCGGGAGGUUCGGGGAAACCCGUGCCAUCCCGACCAUGCCAGACUACACGUGCACGUAGCAUAAAGUCUAGUAAGCCCCUAGUGGAGGCUGGUAUUACGCGAAAGGACGGUCAUUAGAGCCAGAGUAGUAGUAGCAGACGAUGCAGAUGUUUGUGUCUCCGUGAGCGUCAAUAUUACGAAUAAAUGUGCUUCGUGCCGAUAGCAAACAGAAAGAAAUACAAAUUUGGUUCAUAUAAGGUUACAUAAAAUAAAGCUGUAGCACGGUGUAAACUA